AUGUAUAUGCUCAGGGGUUUACUGAUCGUAGCCUGCCUGGCAGCCGUUGCGCUGCAGGCUAGCGCCAAGCCGCAGCACGAGAAGCGUGGAGAGGAGUAUCAGCUGUUCAAGCGCCAGCGCAACGACUACGAUCUGCCCGCGGAGGGUCGCCUUAAUCCCUCAAAGCUGGCAGCCGUGCUGAGUGCGCUUAGCAAUGGAAGUGCAAAUGGACUCGGACAGGGACAGCCCACUACCACAACCACCAUAUCAACCUCGCCAAGCUCAAUAACGGGCUCAUCUACCGCCACCAUUACACCUACAGUGCCCACAACACUGGCUGAUGACGCUGAUGACGACGAGGAGGCGCACAACUAUCAGCUCGACUUCGAAGACGACGAUGAUGAAAAUGAUGAUGAUGAUAUGGACGAUGUGGCCGCCUACGAGGGUCACGCUGUGUACGGCAGACAGCACAGCCAGGCCGAAUCUCUGAAGCGCCAACGCAGACAGUUCAGGCGCCAGCAGCAGGUGCAGCGUCGCCGCCAGCAGCAGACGAUGCAGCGUCGUCGCCAGAAACUUCGUCAGCAGCAGCAGCGCCAACGCAGGCGCCAGCAGCAGCAGCGUCGCAGGCGCAACAAUCGCCGCAACCUGCGUCUGCUCAAGCGCUUCCGUCAGGCCAACAGGAACAGGAACAGGAAUAUCGUGCGCAUUCGCGCAUAG